AUGGCUCCCUUAGCCGAAGUCGGGGGCUUCCUCGGCGGCCUGGAGGGCUUGGGCCAGCAGGUGGGCUCGCACUUCCUGCUGCCUCCUGCCGGGGAGCGGCCGCCUCUGCUGGGCGAGCGCCGGGGCGCGGUGGAGCGGGGCGCCCGCGGCGGGCCUGGGGCUGCGGAGCUGGCGCACCUGCACGGCAUCCUGCGCCGCCGGCAGCUCUACUGCCGCACGGGCUUCCACCUGCAGAUCCUGCCCGACGGCAGCGUGCAGGGCACCCGGCAGGACCACAGCCUCUUCGGUAUCCUGGAAUUCAUCAGUGUGGCAGUGGGGCUGGUCAGUAUUAGAGGUGUGGACAGUGGUCUUUACCUUGGAAUGAAUGACAAAGGAGAACUCUAUGGCUCAGAGAAACUGACUUCUGAAUGCAUCUUUAGAGAGCAAUUUGAAGAGAACUGGUAUAAUACCUAUUCAUCUAACAUAUAUAAACAUGGAGACACUGGCCGUAGGUAUUUUGUGGCACUUAACAAAGAUGGAACUCCAAGAGAUGGUGCCAGGUCCAAAAGACAUCAGAAAUUUACACAUUUCCUGCCUAGACCAGUGGAUCCAGAAAGAGUUCCUGAAUUGUACAAGGACAUACUGAUGUACAGUUGAAGCACGCCAGUGUCUUCACUGAAGAGCCAAGCUACAAGCAUUCUAUCUCAUCAGAGUUCACACCGUAAAAUAGUAACCCAGGAGUCUUCUCAAAAUGUUAUGGAGUUUUCUACUGGGUGUCUGAAUUUGGAAAGAAUAUUGAGAACAAAAACCACAAUAUUUUGGCUGAAAGUAGAUCAAGACCUCUCUUUAUAAGUGGAUUAAAUUCCCUUAGGUUCAUUGGUUCAGUCCUUACUGGUAGAUUGAAGCUGAAAAAUCUGUUGAACUGUGGAUGAUGGGAACCCCACCUGGUUUGCUGCUGGUACCUCACCUCUCUGGAUUAUGUUUACUUCAGAAGUUACAUUAAAAAUAGAUACUUCAUGUUGAAGAGAUGACACUGUUGACCAAGAUUAUUGCUACAUGAAGUCUGAGGACCUUGUAGGCUUUUGUAGGUUACAGAAUGGUAUGUAAAAACUCUGGAUGAAACAUGAGCUA